CACGGCGCCUCGGGACAUCGCUGUAACCAGGUUCUUUCGCUUGGUUUUUCCUACACAAGUCACAAAAAUGAUAAAGGAAGAACAUAGAACCACUGCUUAAUAACGUAUGAAUCUCACAAGAAUCUCAUAAGAAUCUCGCAAGAAUCUCACCAAUCUCCAUGUCAUAAUACAAACUACCAUUUUGUAUUAUUCAUACAAAAUUCACCCAUCGAACAAGAUGCAGCUGUUACGCAUUCAUUAUCAGAAGUUAUUUGUCUGCCUGUCGUUUGUGAUGCUGGUGUUUGUGGUGGUCAGAGUUUGGGACAGUGACAGUGACCCCAUUGCACAACGGCAGAAUGGCUCAGGAUCUCUCAAGAUCUCCGAGAAGAGGCAGGGCAGUGUCCAUGAAAACAGCAUCAACAUAGACUCUCCUGUUUUGUCUCUGCACCCUGAACGCUCAGGGAACAAGGGUGGCAGUGUAAAUGUGUUUGCGGAUCUGUUUCAAGAAUUGGCCAAGGAAGAGACCUGUCCUUUGUGCUUUGGCCAGGACCUCUGUGAAGAUAUAUCAGCUGGAUUUUUAACACUGUCAUCAGAUACUCCACAUGUCCACGAUUCUGAUGUGUCCUAUGAGGCACAUCUUGGAGACUUGCAUAAGCUGUCUGUUAAGGUAGGACUUUGUAGAUUAGAAGCUUUGGAAACAUGA